AUGUCAAUCGAGAGCUUCGAAGACACAAACGCCAUGGCGUCCAUGCUCAAAGCGCUCAUGAAGCACCCAUACACACCCGUCCCCGUUGACACGGAGAAAGAUGCCAUGCUCGCCCAGGCGACGACAACAUCCCCAGCCUCAGACGAAGCCGCCGAGACGAGCAGCCAGUCCUCUGGCGAGACCGUCUGCGAGACAACACCACCCUCGAGCCCGCACCGCGACCACACGCCAGUCAACGCGCGGAUCGUCAGCGACGCCAUCAUCGGGCUCUCGGACGGUCUGACCGUCCCCUUCGCCCUGACGGCCGGCCUCUCGGCGCUGGGAGACACCAAAGUCGUGGUCUUCGGCGGCCUGGCCGAGCUCAUCGCCGGCGCCAUCUCGAUGGGCCUGGGCGGGUACUUGGGCGCCAAGAGCGAAGAAGCCGCCUACAACGCUACGUACCGAUCGACACGCAGACAGGUCCUCGAGUCGAGCGGAGGCAGCCUGUCUUCAGAAGUCACGUCUAUAUUCGCGCCUUACCAUCUCCCUCCCUCUCUGCUCAAGGACUUCACGCAUCAGCUCAUCACGUCCAACAGCCCCGACGUGGUAGUCGACUUCCUCAUGCACUUCCAGCACAAUACGCCCGAGCCGGCGGCCAGCCGGGCGGUGACUUGCGCACUGACGAUCGCGCUGGGAUACUUCAUCGGCGGCUUCGUGCCGCUCGUGCCAUACUUCUUUGCCAACAACGUCACGCAUGGGCUGGUCUGGAGCAUCAGCGUCAUGAUCAUCGCGCUGUUCGCGUUCGGCUAUGUCAAGACCGGGUACGUCGAAGGCUGGAGAGGGUGGCGCUGCGUGCGGUGCAAUCUCUGGGGUGCGGCACAGAUGGUCAUUAUUGGCGGCGCGGCAGCUGGGUGUGCCAUGGGUGUUGUCCGCUUGUUCAGUCAGAGUGGACUGAUGUAA